AUGCGUUCUGAGUGGCGAGAAGUAGAGCACAUCACAUACCCAAAUGCCCGAACAAGGAUCCUCGGCGUUGUGCUGUCAGGGGAUGCCCGCUAUCUUGCAGUUGCGCAAGAAACUUGUGUCGACAUCUGGAACGUCAAGGUCAACAUGAAUCCUGAGCCCCUGGUUCAAUAUAGUUCGAAAGAGAACCGGAUUUCCUUCAUCGCAUGGUCGCAGAGAAGUCCACAACUUGUUAUAUCCUAUGAAGGAGGCUUGGUGUAUGUUAUCACGAUGAAGGAAAGGUCCUCGUCAAUUGAGGGUUUUCAUCACUCUGGUCAAACUCAGCAAACCAGGACGUUCUCUGUCUUCUUGCACAAGGAUCUUCUCGUAGUGGCUAUGGGCAAGGUGGUGGAGAUACGAGGUCAUCGUGAUCGAAAUGAUAGUAGUAAUAGCCCCCACUGGGAACUUCUGAAAACACUUCCGGCCCCACCCAUCGAUAAAUACCUUCCCAUCGGAGCUAUACAGUCAAUCCAUGCGAUGUCUCGAGAUCGUAUCUUGAUAUCAUACGAGAAUGGUGUUGCAGUAGACGAAAGCCUCUGGAGUAUUGUACACUCUGAUUCUCUCGAUUUUGAACAUGAAGAUACGAUGCUCAUACCAGGUGUAAUUAAUGAUGUUUGCCCAGGAAAAGGAACCGUCUUAGUGACUGUCGCUGGGACUUAUCAAAUCUUCGUUCUGGGAUCCGAAACAGCUCAGAAUAUCUUUGUCCCCUGCGAUCCUUUGUCAAAAACCCCACAAACCGUUUCAUGCACUAAAUUCAUCUCUGAGGAUCUGGUCAUUGGUUACAGAACCUCGUCUUUUGCAAUCAAGGUGAGGUGCUCUUCCAUCACUGCACUACUUCCUACAAUGCUUGUUCCAGAUACCUCAGUCCCUUGUGGUAUCAGUUCAGCCUACAAAAGCGAGGAAGAUUCUGGCUGGAUUGUCACUGUCCAUGAGAUUCCAGAUAGACACUCAUACGAGAUAGUUUUCUGGACAACAGCAGAUCUUCAAGAGGAUGCUACUGAACCUGAAAGCCAUGAUGAUUCACAGUGUACAACUUGCUAG